ACUAAUGAUGUCAAAGAUUUCAAAUAUAAUACUCAGUCCAUAUCGGGCGUUUGAACGUGAAACUAUCAUCAGACAAAUAAGCAUUAUAUUGUUUAACUUAAGAAAUGCAGCAGUCUUUUGAUACAUGCAAUUAUUACUUCAAUGAAAUAUCUAAUAAGGUCACAGCUGAAUCUGGAAAAUGGACCGACGGAGAGCAUCUUGGAAAAAUAAUCAUACGAUGUCUCAAAGAAGCACCGAAUUUUAUAGCACAGAUAGAUGGGGGAACAGGUGAGAAGGAAACAAAUAAGUCCGUUUUGGAGAGGACUGUAAUGUGCGCUCAGAGUUUCAUAAAUUUUGGCCUGAAAUACCAAGAUGUUGUAAUGGUCAUUGCACCGAACCAUCUGCACAUCAGUAUUCCACUGUACGCCGCGUUCUGUACUGGUGUAAUUUUCGCUGGAAUAGACUUUAACUUGGGAGAGAAUGAGUUAGCGGACACAUUUAAAUCGGGCCAGCCAAAAAUGAUAUUCUGUCAGAACUCGAAUCUGCAAACAGUCCGUAAAGCACUUGCAAGAAUAAAAAGUAAUGCUGAGAUAGUUACGUUCGAUGAAGGGCAAGACUGUAUAAGUUUUACGAAAUUCAUUUCUAAAUACAGUGGGGAUGCUACUGUUGAAAAUUUCAGGAUUUGCGAUUUUGAACCAGUUGAAACCAUAGCAUUGUUAAUCGCUACAAGCGGUUCCACAGGUUUACCUAAAGUGGCUGUACUAACUCACCAGAACGUUAGCGUUGGCUUCAUACAAAAUUGGAAAGGUUUAUCAAAGGCCCCAAAUCCAUUCGAUAUAGGUUUGGUGAUAUCUCCAAUUCAAUGGAUAUCUUCAACUUUCCAGAUAGUAAUGUCACCAAUUUUGAGAUACACCAGAUUACAAACAUCAAAUAAACUGUCCCCUGAACACGUUUAUGACUUAAUUAAUAAAUAUAAGCCAAAAUAUACCAUCUGUAGUCCCACAUACAUGACAACUUUACUUAGAAACGAUCAUCAGCAUGUAUGUGAUUUUACAUCAUUCAAAUAUAUGCUAAUUGGUGGAAGUGCUGUGUCAAAAGAGCUUUACGCAGACCUAAAGAAAGUAGCUCCAAAUGUAAUGAUACAAGUUGGUUACGGUAUGAGUGAGGCAUCCGGAUUAAUAUUUUCACCACAUUACGUACCUCUGGGUUCAAUUGGAAGACCCAUGGAACAUGUCAAUUGGAAACUCGUGGAUCCUGAUACUGAAGAAAUAAUUCCUGAACCAUAUAAGGCCGGAGAGAUACGAAUAAAAGGGAGAUCUAUAUUUAAGGGUUAUUACAACAAUCCCGAAAUGACCGCACAGGCUUUUGACAAGGAUGGCUGGUUGAAGUCAGGAGAUAUUGUAUAUAGAGAUGAAAACUACAAUUUCUUUUACGUGGAUCGUCAAAAGUUGCUGCUUAAAUAUAGGAAUCAUCAGGUAUCACCGUUAGAAAUAGAAAAUGUUAUAUUAAAACACCCGGGAGUUGUGGAUGUGGCGGUAUCAGGUAUACCAGACCCUGAAUAUGGUGACCUUCCAAUAGCUUUUGUGGUGAAGAAGAAUGAUUACGAUCUCACCGCGCAAUGUGUCGAAGAUUUGGUCAAAGAAACACUAACGGACUCAAAACAAUUGAGGGGAGGCGUUAUUUUUAUGGACGAGCUCCCUGUGACAUCCACAUCAAAGCUAGACCGAACGAAAUUAAAGAAUAUGGCAGUAAGCCUAAGGAAAAAUUAAAUUUAUGUAAAAUAUCUAACAAAAAAAUAUAUUAAUAUAAUAAAAUAA